AUGCAUUCACGACGUCAUAAAGACAAACCUAUCAUUCCCCCAUCUAAUCGACCCAAACCAUCACUUAAAACCUGUAUAAUAUUAGGAUCUGGAGGUCAUACGAUGGAAAUGUUUCAAUUGAUCGAGGGGUUGGAUUUUGAAAAAGUUUACCGACCGAGAUUGUAUGUCGUGACCGAUAAUGAUUAUUUAAGUUUACAAAAGGUUGUUGAAUUCGAGAAUAGAAAAUCCGGUGAUCAUAAUAAUGAUCACGUUGUUAAAAUGAUACCGAGAAGUAGACAGGUUGGACAAUCUUGGUUAAGCACCCCAUUUAGCGUUCUUAAAGCGUUAAUAAAAUGUUUCAACUUAAUAUUUGGUGAAUUACCGGAUCUAAUAAUAUGUAAUGGACCAGGAAGUUGUAUUCCCGUUUGUGUUAUUUCUUACAUUCCCAGAAUAUUGGGAAUUAAAUGGAUAAAAUUGAUUUAUGUAGAAUCAUUUGCUAGAGUUAAAACAUUAUCAUUAUCAGGGAAAUUAUUAUAUAUUUUCGUUGAUAAAUUCUUAGUACAAUGGCCUUACCUUGCAAAAAAAUAUUCCAAAGCUGAAUAUCAAG